CACCCAAGACUGUCUCAUUUAAUACUGUUUUCUGCAUCCAGUCAUGUGCACAUACAUGAGACAGAAUACUAAGAAACAAAUUGGAUAUAUUUAAAAAAAAAAAAAAAAACUCCUUCCAUGUUUCCUGCAUCUAAUCAUGUGCAGGAUCAAUAUAUAAUUGCUCUUCAUAUGUUGACCUUCGAUGAAAACACUAAAACACUCCGUUCAGGAUCACUGUGUUUUCUCUCAUGUCACUCUUCUCUUUCCCACCCCACAAGUUCUUCUCUCCGGCUACCAUCUUCUUCUUUUUCUUGUUUCUCUCCGUCGCAUAUUCCACCGCCAUGGAUCCCUACAAAUUCCUUCACAUCAUCCUCAAUCCAGACGGCACCCUCACUCGCUUGGAAAAACACCCUGAAUCUCCUGCCUCACCUGAUCCCAACUCUCACCUGCCUGUUCUCUCCAAAGAUCUCACCAUUAAUCCUUCACUUGACACCUGGGCUCGCAUCUACCUUCCCCGUCAAGCUCUGAACCAUCCUCACGAUUCUUCCAUCACCAAGCUACCCCUCAUCGUGUUCUAUCAUGGCGGCGGCUUCCUGUUCUACAGCGCUAACUCCACUUAUUUCCACGACUUCUGUGUUUAUUUGGUUCAAAGCACACAAACCGUCGUCGUUUCGGUGAACUAUCGCCUUGCUCCGGAGCACAGGCUGCCGGCGGCUUAUGACGAUGCUUUGGAGGCGUUGCACUGGAUCCGAACCUCCGACGACCAGUGGUUGACACGUUUCGCUGAUCAUUCCAACUGCUAUCUGAUGGGAGAGAGCGCGGGGGGUAAUAUCGCCUACAAUGCGGGCCUACGUGCAGCCGAGGAAGUGGAUCGACUUGAACCAUUGAAGAUCAAAGGGCUUAUAUUGGUUCAACCAUUCUUCGGUGGAGUCAAAAGAACUUCUUCAGAACAGAGGCUCGAAAAUGACACGAAUUUGCCUCUGCCCGCCACCGAUCUCAUGUGGGAGCUUUCGCUGCCGCAGGGGGCCGACCGUGACCACGAGUAUUCCAAUCCGACGACUGAGAAGGGUUCUAAGGGUUUUGAUGAUAUCAAACGGCGUGGAUGGAAAGUUAUCGUUUUUGGUUGUUAUGGGGACCCACUCAUCGACCGGCAGAUCAAUCUGGUGAAAUCAUUACAAGAAAAUGGCGCUCAAGUGGAGGGUCACUUUCAGGGUGAAGAUAAGCACGGAGUGUUUGUUGGCCAGCCUACAAAAGGCAGAGCCCUUGAGCUAUACGACACAAUUAAGAAAUUAGUGGCUUAGGAUUUUAAUUUUUUUAAUUUUUUUUAAUUUUGAUUAUUUAGAUUCCGUAUGCUAAUAAUUCUAACAAUCCCUUUUGGUCAUUUUCGUUUCUUAA